AAUAAAAAGAAAUAAAGAAAAGGAAAAAGAAGGAGUUGAAUGAUGCUCUCUGCAUUAUGCAGUCCAAAAAUUGUCUCCAAAAUCUUUCGUCGUCUUCUUCCUCUCUGCAACAACUCUGUUCUUUGCUGCACAUCGCCACUGACACCCCAACAAAGCCGCUGAAACAGGGGACACCCACCACUUUUUCUUCUUCUACUUCUCACUCCAUUACUCAUUAAUCAUCACACCCUAAAUCAAGUUUCUUUCUUCAUGGGUCUCCUCUCUCUCUCCUCCCAUUCUUCCUUUUCGCCUCACAUACCCAUUACAUGAGGAUUCUCUUUUUGGGUCUUUGCGAUGACGACCGUCCAAGCUUCCCACGUUGUCGCAAUGGAGGUAGAACAACACCAACAACACCCUCGCACUGACUCCGAUGAAGUGCGGCGGUGUUCGGUCCACUCCAGGGCUGACAUUCUGGAGGAAGAGGGGGUGGCGGUGGCGGUGGCGGCGGCGGCGGAGAAAAGAAGGGGAUCCUCUGUGUCGGAGUGCUCUGUUGAGAUGGAUCUCGAAUGUGGGUUGGCUGAGAUUAAGGUACAUUUGGCGAAAAUCGAGAGGGAUUGCAGGAUUUGCCAUCUGAGUUUGGAUGCUUCUAAUCAUGAAUCUGGAAUUCCUAUUGAGUUGGGUUGUUCUUGUAAAGAUGAUUUGGCUGCUGCUCAUAAGCACUGUGCUGAGGCUUGGUUCAAGAUUAAGGGCGACAUGUAA